UUGCGUUGUUGUACUGGACGCCCGGAUGUAAGUGUGAGAGUAAAGAAUACAUGACACUUCGGCAUUUAAACGUGAGUGUGAGUCUUCAUAAUGGCCAAGCGUGGUGCAACCAGAGAGUUGACAGAUCGUAACUGGGACCAGGAGGAGGAAGAUGAGGAGGCUGGAGAGUUUGCUAAGGCGAGUGAAGACACACUGAAAAGCCGUCAGAUCAUCAAAGCUAAGAGGAGGACAGCAGCCGAGCCUGUUGAGAAGAAGUCUGCUUUUGCCGGAUUUGGAGGCUUUAAACCUACACAGACCAGCACUCCUCUAUUCACCGGGGGUUUCUUCAAAACUGAGUCGAAAAUAUCAGCGGAGGAAAAGAAAGAGGAAACUAAAACAAUCUCAGCUGACACUAUGGCUAAGCCUAGCACUAAUGGCAGUGAGAACAAGUUGACAACUGGCUCAGCCAGUCAUACCACAUAUCUGUCAAACUUGAAGUCGCUGAACAUGAGUGUAAUGAACUGGAUAUCUCAGCACUUGGAGAAGAAUCCCUACUGUAUACUUUCACCUAUAUUUAAAGACUAUGAAUCUCACUUGAAAAAGUUGGAAGCAGAGCGUGAAAAGGUUGCAGAAUCGGGAACCAAUGGAACAACUGCUGAAUUGAAAAAGGAAGAGUCUGUAAAGCCAAUGGACGAAGACAAACCUGAACUCCCAAAGACUGGACUGACAUUUGGAAUGGGCACAUUGCAGACAAAAUCUGGAUCUACCUCCACUGCAUUUCCUGGAUUCAGUUUUAAGCCCAGCACCACUACCUCGGGCUUAUCAGGUACAGCCCCAGGAGGGUUCAGUUUUGCCACAGGCUUCUCAGGGGCCCCUGCUGGCAGUCAGGAUGAUGGGACCAAAGGGGAUGAUGAGGAGUAUGUGCCACCUGUCACAGAAACUGUAGAACACAAGGAGGAGGGAUCUUUGUACAGCAAAAAGUGCAAGUUGUUCUAUCAGAAGGACGGAGAGUGGAAGGAUCGUGGCGUGGGAUUUCUGCAUUUAAAGAAAACUGACAACAAAGCUCAACUUCUAGUACGAGCAGAUACAACAUUAGGUAACAUUCUGUUAAACGUGCGCCUGAUGGAUACCAUGCCCAUGUCUCGGCAAGGCAAGAACAACGUUAGCCUGAUGUGUGUGGUCAGCCCACCCAUCCCAAAGAUGGCUGCUGAUAAGCCUAUUCCUAUGUUGAUUCGUGUGAAAAGUAGCGAGGAGGCAGAUGAACUACUUGAGAAAAUGAAGGAAAUCAGCUCCUGAAUUGACACCCUGCAUGAAUAUGUGUUCGAGAUUGAGAUAUUGCUCUGACAGUUUGACCUGUCUGUUAAGAACUUUACUCUAUUGUUCCUCUAUUUUGAGGAUUUUUGUUGUUUAUGGAAAUGUUUGAAACAUUUAACAGUUUUUUGUUACAAUUCUGUAUAUUCAACUGAAUAUUGGUGCACAUUUUCCCUUACGGCCACUCGUAUUUUUAUUGAGACAGAUUAGAAAAUUAUUUUUUUAUUCUGGGCAAGAUGUCCAAGCUUCAAGUUAGAAAUAUUUUGUAUACUAUGUUUUGUUGCCUAUAUUAAAAUAGUCAACAAUGCUGAAAUAUUCUAAGUUUGUAAAUUUUAUUGAAAUGAAUAGUUUUGCUGGUAACAUUGUUGUGAGUGAAAUAUAAGCCAAUGUCUGGUAAACCUCUGCAUUUGUUCGAAGUUUAAUUUUGAACAUGUUCAUGAAAAAGUGUUAUCAUUGCUUGACAUUUGAUAAUUGAGGAUAUUGAAAUGCAGGAGCAAAGUUUUCUAGUUUGCAAAUGUGUUUGUUAUAAUUACUUUAAUGCUUUAAAUUUGGUAGAUAAAUAUAUUUUCAAUGAAUGUUUAAUUAUACAAAAAAUAAAUACAGUACGGGUAAAACCCAAAUGGGUUGUAUUGCACAACGUUGAAAUUUUAAAGAAAUGUUUGCUGACAGGAACAUUUAUUGCUGGAAACCUGUUGGUAUUAAUACUCCAGUCUUUCAAUCAACUGUUUUAACAAAUACGUGCUUGGUAGUGCAAAAUAAAAAAUCUGUUCUUAACUGUUCCAGUAUUUCAAAUAAGCCUGUAAACGUGUUAUUGUUAACAUUAUGGUGGUCUUUCAGUCAUUAACAAUGUUAUUGAGUUGAAAUGGUCAACAUGGUUGCUAUUUUGAUGGUCAUAUUGUUUGGUGCAUGUUAAUGCUAGUUAUGAUAAAUACAAAGACAAGGCA